ACUUACCCUCCCUCGGAGACCAGCCUGCGGGGACUGGCUGGCCGCAGCCGCCGCGGUGUGAGCGACCUUCGGGCUCGCCUCGGCGUCCCGCUGACCCCGUGCUAAUACAAGAGGGAGCUGCUUCCUGCGAGGCCGCCGUGCUCUCGGUUUAAGUGUAAUACUGGAUAUUUAUUUCUUUUAAGCUCUAUUAAUACAACAAGCUUUAAAGCCAUAAUGUGGCAUACCAUCCUGUUUGAGAGGUGAACAUUGUUGAAUAAAAAUGGCUGACAGAAGUGGGAAGAUUAUUCCAGGACAAGUGUAUAUUGAAGUGGAAUAUGAUUAUGAAUAUGAAGCUAAGGACAGAAAGAUUGUGAUAAAACAAGGGGAACGAUACAUCUUGGUGAAGAAGACCAAUGAUGACUGGUGGCAAGUCAAACCCGAUGAGAAUUCCAAGGCGUUUUAUGUGCCAGCCCAGUAUGUUAAGGAGGUCACCCGUAAAGCUCUCAUGCCGCCUGUUAAACAGGCAGCUGGACUGCCAAAUAAUUCUAUGAAAAUGAUACAGAGUCUCCAUCUUCAGAGGUCAACAGAAAAUGUGAACAAAUUGCCUGAGCUUUCAAGUUUUGGAAAGCCAUCAUCGUCUGUUCAAGGAACAGGUCUUAUUCGUGAUGCAAAUCAGAAUUUUGGACCGAACUAUAAUCCAGGUCAGACUGUGACCCUAAGCUUGGACCUGACCCAUAAUAACGGAAAGUUUAACAGUGACUCACAUUCUCCUAAGGUUUCUGGCCAGAAUAGGACGCGCUUAUUUGGUCACUUUCCCGGUCCAGAGUUCUUGGAUGUAGAGAAAACUAGCUUCUCCCAGGAGCAGUCUUGUGAUUCAGCAGGAGAAGGCUCUGAAAGAGUACAUCAGGAUUCUGAGUCUGGCGAUGAACUUAGCAGCAGCUCCACUGAACAAAUAAGGGCAACAACACCUCCAAAUCAAGGACGUCCGGAUUCUCCUGUCUAUGCUAAUCUACAAGAACUGAAAAUAUCCCAGUCUGCUCUCCCUCCGCUUCCUGGGAGCCCAGCAAUUCAGAUUAAUGGAGAAUGGGAAACUCAUAAAGAUAGUUCAGGGCGUUGUUAUUACUAUAACAGAGGAACCCAGGAAAGAACCUGGAAACCACCUCGUUGGACUCGGGAUACAAGCAUAAGCAAGGGAGAGUUCCAGAGUCCAGGAGACCAAGAGCUUCUUUCAUCAGAAGAAAACUACCACAGCAUUUGUUACAGCCAGUCAGAUAGUCAGUGUGGUUCUCCUCCAAGGGGUUGGUCAGAAGAGUUGGAUGAACGUGGGCAUACCUUAUAUACCAGUGACUAUACUAAUGAAAAGUGGCUCAAGCAUGUUGAUGAUCAAGGUAGACAGUAUUACUACAGUGCAGAUGGAUCUCGUUCAGAAUGGGAAUUGCCAAAGUAUAAUGCUUCAUCCCAGCAGCAAAGAGAAAUAAUUAAAAGUAGGAGCUUGGACAGGCGGCUGCAAGAACCAAUUGUAUUAACAAAGUGGAGACAUAGCACCAUUGUGCUGGACACCAAUGACAAGGAAUCUCCAACUGCCUCAAAACCCUGCUUUCCUGAAAAUGAGUCUUCUCCCUCUUCACCAAAGCACCAAGAUACAGGCCAAGAAAAAUAUGGAUUAUUAAAUGUAACAAAAAUUACUGAAAAUGGGAAAAAGGUUCGAAAGAACUGGUUGUCAUCUUGGGCCGUGUUGCAAGGUUCAUCUUUACUCUUCACCAAAACUCAAGGAAGCAGCACAAGCUGGUUUGGGAGUAAUCAGUCCAAGCCAGAGUUCACAGUGGACCUAAAGGGGGCGACAGUGGAGAUGGCUUCAAAGGAUAAAUCCAGCAAAAAGAAUGUAUUUGAGCUGAAGACCCGUCAAGGAACAGAACUGCUCAUUCAGUCUGAUAAUGACACUGUUAUUAACGAUUGGUUUAAAGUUCUUAGUAGUACUAUCAGUAAUCAGACAGAAACCGAUGAAGCAAUCGAAGAGGAGAUACCAGAUUCCCCAGGAAUAGAAAAGCAUGAUAAAGAGAAGGACCAUAAGGAUCCUAAGAAACUUCGUUCCACGAAAGUGUCUAGCAUAGAUUCUUCAGAACAGAAGAAAACCAAGAAAAACUUGAAGAAGUUUCUUACACGGCGUCCCACUUUGCAAGCUGUUCGUGAAAAAGGUUAUAUUAAAGAUCAGGUAUUUGGAGCCAAUCUUGCUAAUCUUUGUCAGAGAGAAAAUGGCACAGUGCCAAAAUUUGUGAAGUUAUGCAUUGAACAUGUUGAAGCGUAUGGUUUGGAUAUUGAUGGGAUAUACAGAGUAAGUGGCAACCUUGCUGUGAUCCAGAAACUGAGAUUUGCUGUCAAUCAUGAUGAGAAAUUGGACUUGAAUGAUAGUAAAUGGGAAGAUAUUCAUGUUAUUACUGGAGCACUCAAAAUGUUUUUUCGAGAAUUACCAGAACCUCUUUUUACAUUUAACCAUUUUAAUGAUUUUGUUAAUGCAAUUAAACAAGAACCAAGACAGCGAGUCACUGCUGUUAAGGACCUCAUCAGACAGUUGCCAAAGCCAAAUCAAGAUACAAUGCAGAUUCUUUUUAGACAUCUCAAAAGAGUUAUAGAAAAUGGAGAAAAAAACCGAAUGACUUAUCAGAGUAUAGCAAUUGUUUUUGGUCCCACUCUGUUAAAGCCAGAGAAAGAGACUGGUAAUAUAGCAGUCCAUACUGUCUACCAAAAUCAGAUUGUAGAAUUAAUUCUGCUGGAAAUAAAUUCCAUCUUCGGGCGUUGAUUCUUACAGAAGACAACCUGUGGAAUAGAAGCUGGAUUCCAUCAGAUUUCAAGCCCUCAAACAUGAUGUAUUUUAUUUUUGGACCAAGCAGUGACUCUUUGAUUUUGCACUUUUUUGAGGGAUCAGAAGGGAAUGGGAGUCAAGAUGUGUAUUAGGCCCUCAUAUUUGCUGCUUUGUUGCAAGUUGAUAUAACUGUGUGUAAUUUUGAAUUAAUUUUAUCCUGAAUGUUUGCAUUUCAUACUCUGAAUUUCAGUAAAAAUUGAAACUUGCAAUUCUAACCAGUCAUAUACACUGGAUAAUUUGGUAAGAAAAACAUGUUUGUUUUUUUUUUUCUCAAACUGGAUAAUGUAGAAUUUCUUCUCAUCAUUCGUUAGAUUCAUCACUUGAUAGAAUAGUACUCACUAUCCGUUAUUUUGAAGACGCUCUUGGGCAUUCUAAACAAAAUGAAGUAUAUCUUUUUUGAAACCUGUGUAUUUCUUUUUCAGAGGUUCUGCAUGCAGUGGCAGUCUUAAGUACUAUAGUUCAUCAUAACCCAGAUGUAAUUCCUUGGCGAAGGCUUGCCACCUUCACUGUGUUGCACACUGUCCGUAUUGGAUGGGUGUCUUAGUCGCUUGUUUGGGCAGCACACUAAUAUUACUUAACACACUGUGAUAUACUGGAGUUUAAUUUAGCAUAAGUCAGUUCAGGGUAUUUUGGGGCUGUCUGUGCUACCCUGAUUUGUAGCUAACAAUCCUAAUUAUAUCUAGUGCCAUACUGAGUUCUUGGUAUGACCCUGUGGAAACAGACAUUAUUUGAUGUAAAUAUAAGCUUAAGACUGAUGUCCUUUAGCUUAUGUAUAUAAUUUUGUUGUAUAGUCUCAGAGUACAUCCUAACCUGACAUUUCUAAUCAUGAUAUUGGUAAUCUUUUCCGUGAAUAUUAGGUUCCUCCAGAAAUAGGCUGUUAUUUGAGAAACUUAACUGUGUGCACUUUUAGAUUUUAAUUACAUUUACAGGCAAAUCACUGUAAUGCAAAUGGUACUGGAAAAAUACUGAAUAGACUUGCUAAAUGGUAAAUGCACUACAAGAGGAACCUUUUAGAUAAUUUAAUAUGUACAGAAUACAUUAGAAAAAAAUUUAUUACAAAAUUCUAACUGCAGUAUGAAUAGUGGAAACCCAUAUGUAAAUUAGAUGGAUGUCAAAUGGAAAAUGACAUUGCUAAAUUUGAGAAUUUCUUUUUACAUUACUAAUGUAGAUUGAUUUGUAUAAUAAAACAGGGUUUGGAAGGUUUUGUUACCGAGAGCAUGGUCUGUUGAAGAUAUUUUAAGAUGUAUUUUUCUAGAUUAACUGAUGUAUAUGAAAUGUCUAAUCUGAAUAAAGAAAACUAUAAGAGGUUUAGAGAUUUUCCAUUGGAAA